CUCGCAGCUGGUGCAUUAGCCGGAGCAGUUACAGAUCCUACGCCCCGCGAUCCCGUCGGUAAAACCGCCGGCGCUAUCGCUGCUGCCAGCGGACACAAGGGCCUUGCUGGGUAUCUCUCUGAAGCCGAUCUUACCAGUCAUCUCUUUUCGCUUACCUUCGAGGAAUGCGAGAUUGUUAAGGGUUCUGCUGCUGUCGAGGCUGAAAAGGCUGUAGAAAGCAUUUCCGAGCGGACUCCGCAGUUCCAUGGUGAUGGAACAGAAGAUGAUCUUUCAUUUAAAGAUACUUUAGCAGCUGUAAGAAAUGCCGCUCAAGCCGCAGCUCGAAUCCAGGCUGCUUUCCGUGCUCAUUCGCUUAGGAAGAGGCGUGAAUCAGCUGAUACAGAGAUCGAUGAACAUGGAAUGAAUUCGAAAGACUUGUAUGGUCUCGUUAAGGAUCUCAGGGCAACUCUUGGUUAUCGGGAUCAUAAAUUUGACAAAGCAGCUCUAUCUAUCCAGAAACAAUAUAGAGGCUGGAAAGGUCGGAAGGAUUUCCUAACCUUACGUCGGCAUGUUGUGAAAAUACAGGCUCAUGUGAGAGGUCAUCAGACGAGGAAGAAGUACAGAGAGUUUCUUUGGACGGUUGGUGUGCUCGAGAAAGUUGUACUGAGAUGGCGUCGGAGGGGUGUUGGUCUUCGAGGUUUUAGGUCUGAAACAAUUCUUGCGGACGAGGACGAAGAUGAGGAAGAAGAUAUUGUCAAGGUUUUCCGGAAACAGAAAGUAGAUGCAGCCCUGGACCAAGCUUACUCGAGGGUUCUUUCCAUGGUGGAAUCUCCUAGGGCGAGGCAGCAAUAUCGGCGCAUGCUGGAAAGCUAUCUUGAAUUUAAGGUAAAAUGUUGAUGUUAUACAUACC